AGGGCCAUCUUGUCUUUCCCUUUCCUUGCGUUGCUUGCGUUCUACUUGCUUUCCACCUGGCCCUUUUCCCGGCUUUUGCACGGCUCUACGGACUGUUGAAAUUCAGACAACUUCUUCCAUAUUGAUAUUGUCACCGAUCAUCACAUUUCUCGUCAUAAGCAUAACAAAUGUAAGACUUGCAUUGUUAUCAUAAUAUUUUGCUUCAUAUCCCCGAAGUGGUUUCGCAAUCAUCACUGUCAGCAGUUUCACGAUGCCGGUCAGAAAGCGGUACAAGUAUUUCAGCGGGGACCCGCCUCCCAUAGUGCGCGACCCGCGCGCACCGACAGGUCCAAACGGCCCGAAUGACCCCCUGAUGGCCACCUCCUACCGAGUGGAGCUCAACACCUGCUACAACACCAACGCAGAGAAAACCUACAAAAACGUCUACACAGAAGACCAGAAAGAUCGGGAACGGCGACAGCUCAUGACAAAUCUCGAGAGCCUGCAGAGGAACGCGGUGGCGUGCGAGGGAAAGCGUUUUCUGCGCGAGCAGAUCGGUCACCGGCGGCUGCGGCAGCAGCUGUGUCAGGAGCUGCAGCAGGACGACAGGGCGCUGCUGGAGGUGCGCCAAGCGCGGAUGGCCGAGCUGGUGAUCGCGGAACGAAAACAGGCCGACGCAGAGCUGGCGCAGAGAGGCCUGGCCAUCUACGAACAGAGGAUAUAAGUCAAUAACCAGUCAAGGAACGCAAAGAUUAAGAAUGGAUGUAAAUGAAUGCGAGCACAUGAGUGCUUUCGAAUCAAUUUUGUCACAACUAUACCUAUCAGAGUUAUAUGCAAAGCUAUUAUUACCAAAAGCAA